UAUAACUUUAAUCCCACCAGGCUGGAGCUAGCAUUCAUCAAAUUCCUUCUCUAAUCCGCAAAUCAUUUCUUCUGUAUGACUUUCACCAUGAAUCAGUUCCUUCUCUGCUUCCUCUUACUAGUUAAUGUUUUCACUUCAGUCACAAACGCUCAACAAAACUACUCAGGAAACUCAGCUUUGGAUUGCGAUAACGAUGAUGAAUCAGGUCCUUCUUCAGCAUUUCUUUACAUUUGCAAUGGCCAAGAUCGAUAUUGCCAGGCCUUUCUUAUCUACAAGUCUCAAGCUCCUUUUAAUUCAGUUCCCAGCAUUUCAGCUCUCACAUCUUCGAACCAGGCAGAGCUUGCCAGAAUCAAUAAUGUAACUGAGCAUGCAAAGUUCCCAACUGGUGAAGAGGUAAUCAUUCCUGUAAAUUGUUCUUGUUUGGGUCAGUAUUGUCAGGCAAACACCACGUUUCGCAUCUCAAGCAUCCACGGCACAUAUUAUACUAUAGGAACCGAGGCGUACCAGGGAUUAUCCACAUGUAGUUCCCUUAAACGAGCAAAUCCAUAUAGUGAAUACAAAUUGGUUCCUGGAAUUGAAUUGAAAGUUCCACUUCGUUGUGCUUGUCCAACGAGUUAUCAAACUAAGAGUGGAACGAAGUAUCUACUGACUUACUCUAUUAGCUUGGGGGAUAAUAUACCAGAGAUCAGUGAUAGAUUCAAUGUAAGCAGGAAGAGCAUUAAUGAUGCAAAUGGUUUGGAAGAGAAACAAACUAUAUUCCCUUCCACAACAAUCCUAAUUCCUUUGCCAACAGUACCUUCAAGUUCACAAACCAUAAUUCACAAAGACCAACAACUUGAUUCACCUCCAUGUGAAAAAUAUCCCAAAAGCAAUAGAUCAAAGAGGAAAUUGCAUGAGGGAGUUGGAAUUGCAGCAGCUUGCUCUUUGCUUGUUCUUAUCAUCAUCCUGUUCACUGUUUUUAUGUUAAAUAAGAGAAACGAUGGAGUUCUUCAGAGUGGCCAUGAAAGAAAGAAGAAUUAUGUAUUGCCAGAAGACCUCCGUGUUGAAAUUGCAAGCUUUGACCAAGGUUUAAGACUGUUUACAUUUGAGGAUAUAAAGAAAGCUACACAAAAUUUCAGUUCCAAGAAUAGAAUAAACGGUUCUGUUUAUCGUGGUGGUUUCGGUGGGAAGAUCCUUGCUGUUAAAAGAAUGAGAGUAGAUGUAUCCAGGGAGGUACAAUUGCUGAAGAAUAUCAAUCAUUUCAAUUUGAUAAAGCUUCAAGGCGUCUGCGAAAAUGAUGGCUGUUUCUAUCUUGUUUUUGAGUAUAUGACAAAAAGGUCUCUAAGGGAUUGGAUUCGCAAUCAAAAUCCUGAUGAGAUUGGAUGCUGGACGAGGAGGAUUCAGAUUGCUUUGGAUGUUGCCAAUGGACUUCACUAUCUUCACAGUUUUACCAAACCUGCCUACGUACAUGGGGAUAUCAAAAGCAGCAACGUUCUGCUAAACAAUUGUCUAAGGGCCAAAAUUGCAAACUUCAGCCUCGCAAGAGCAGUGGUGAACGAAACUAGCAGCGUUGCUUUGACAAAUCGUGUUGUAGGGACUAGAGGUUAUAUGGCACCUGAGUAUAUAAAGACAGGGCAGGUUACUUCCAAGAUUGAUGUCUAUGCUUUUGGAGUUGUGCUAUUGGAACUGAUCACUGGAAAAGAGGCCAUCAUUACACAAGAUAGAACAGAAAUACUGCUAACAGAAACCGUUGUUUCCGUUAUGGAAAAAGAGAAUGCAGAAGUCGAGCUCGAUUCACUUAUUGAUACUGGGCUAAAAUGUGAUAAUCGGGCAGAAUUUGCCCUGCGAAUGGUUCAAUUAAGUGUAGCCUGCUUGAUGGAAGAGCCAACAAAAAGACCAAGCAUGGAGGAAGUAGUGUCAGUUCUGUCCAAAAUUCGAGCAGACGUAUUAAAAUAGGAGCCAUUGUAAGUGUACUCUAUUCAGGAUAUCCUAAAAUGGUGUACUGCAGAUUCCCAUUCAUUUUAGAACUCAAGCUAAUAGUGGAGUGGGAACUAACUAGAGAAAUUUCUUGGAAACAAGGAAUAAACAAAUGCCAUCUUGAUCAUGUUAUCACCAGGUUACUGUCUAGUAACAAAUUAACCAGCUUUUUACCAUCUUCUGCGCAUUAAGUUUUCAUAUAUUUACUCCCAUUCACACUCUAUGUUAUUCUCAUGGAAUAGA